AUUCCCAAGUUCUUCAGGAGCCAGGGGAUCGGUCACACUGGUGCGUGGUGGCAUACUGGGAAGAGAAGACGCGCGUGGGUCGGCUGUAUUCUGUCCAAGAGCCCUCCCUGGAUAUCUUCUAUGAUCUACCUCAGGGGAACGGUUUCUGCCUCGGCCAGCUCAAUUCGGACAACAAGAGCCAGCUGGUGCAGAAGGUGCGCAGCAAAAUCGGAUACGGUAUCCAGCUCACCAAGGAAGUGGACGGCGUGUGGGUCUACAACCGCAGCAGUUACCCCAUCUUCAUCAAGUCGGCCACACUGGACAACCCCGACUCCAGGACGUUGCUGGUUCACAAAGUGUUUCCAGGGUUUUCCAUCAAGGCGUUCGACUACGAGAAGGCGUACAGCCUGCAGCGGCCGAACGACCAUGAGUUCAUGCAGCAACCAUGGACCGGAUUUACUGUUCAGAUCAGCUUUGUGAAAGGCUGGGGCCAGUGCUACACGAGACAGUUCAUCAGCAGUUGCCCGUGCUGGUUGGAGGUUAUUUUUAAUAACCGAUGACUCGAGACAGUGGACUCAUGACAUUUAUACUACUUUGCUGCUAUUAUUUCCUUCUGAGUGCUUGCUUUUCAUGCAAACUUUUUUUGUUGUUGUUGUUGAUGUUGUUUUUCUUUUGUUUUGUUUUGUUCGUUGUUUUUUUCUGUUUUUUCUUUUUUUCCUGUUUUGAGAAAUAGCUUAUGGAAAGAUUUUUGCCUUGGCGCUUUGAUAAAUCUUGUCUAUUUUUUAAAGGCGCGAAUGACCAAUAACUCAGAAGGGCAAGAGCGAAGGCGCGGGAAG